GGAAAAAGGAAGUGUCUUCUGGUCAAAAAAGUCAGAGAAGAAGAGAGAAACGUGAACAAUGAAGAGACAGAGACGUCUCUUCUCUUAUGCGAAAGUGUGAAUCUUUUAAAGCUUUUUGUUUCAACAUCGAUAAAUGAAGUUUCUUUUAUUGAAUUUAUAGAAAUUUGCACACUUUACCUUGACAUUAAAGCAACAAGCUUUGAAACCAAAUAAAAUCUCAAAAACCCAGAAAGCGAGUGGAGAAGAGAGAGCUGAUAUGCUACAAUAGAAAUGGCGAGUGGAUGUGCUCUACAUGGUGGUUGUCCCAGCGAUUACGUCGCCGUCGCAAUUUCAGUCAUCUGCUUCUUCGUGCUGUUAUCGCGCUCAGUGUUACCGUGUUUGAUUCAUAAGGCUCCUCGUACUAACAGUAGCAGUUUCUGGAUCCCUGUUAUUCAAGUUAUCUCCAGCUUCAACCUUCUCUUCUCAAUUAUGAUGUCAGUUAAUUUGCUUCGAUUCAGGACGAAACAUUGGUGGCGAUAUUGCUAUCUUUGGGCAGUGUGGAUUGAAGGACCACUUGGGUUUGGUUUGUUGAUGAGCUGCCGUAUAACUCAGGCAUUUCAACUAUACUUCAUAUUUGUCAAGAAACGUCUACCUCCGGUAAAAUCAUACAUUUUCCUCCCCCUUGUUUUGUUGCCAUGGAUCUUCGGAGCUGCAAUUAUCCACGCAACAAAGCCUCUCAACGAUAAAUGCCACAUGGGUCUUCAAUGGACUUUCCCAGUUGCAGGCCUUCAUGCUCUCUAUGUCCUUGCUUUAAUUGCAUUCACAAGAGCAGUUCGACAUGUAGAGUUUCGUUUUGACGAGCUUAGAGAUCUCUGGAAAGGAAUUCUCGUCUCAGCCACUUCAAUCGUUAUAUGGGUAACAGCGUUUGUGUUGAAUGAGAUUCAUGAAGAAAUCUCUUGGCUUCAGGUUGCUUCAAGAUUUGUGCUUUUAGUCACGGGUGGGAUUCUCGUCGUUGUCUUCUUUUCCAUCUCGAGUAACCAACCUCUUCUUUCACAAAUCAGCUUGAAGAAAAGACAAAACUUUGAGUUUCAAAGAAUGGGUCAAGCUCUAGGCAUUCCCGAUAGCGGAUUAUUAUUUCGGAAGGAGGAGUUUCGACCUGUUGACCCAAACGAGCCACUCGAUAAGCUUCUUCUCAAUAAAAGAUUUCGCCAUUCGUUUAUGGAAUUUGCUGAUAGCUGCUACGCUGGAGAAACAUUGCAUUUUUUUGAAGAGGUGUAUGAACAUGGUAAAAUCCCGGAAGAUGAUUCGAUAAGAAGAAUCUACAUGGCUCGACAUAUCAUGGAGAAGUUCAUCGUCGCAGGAGCGGAAAUGGAAUUGAACUUAUCUCAUAAAACCCGACAAGAGAUCUUAACCACUCAAGAUCUAACUCACACUGAUCUCUUCAAGAACGCAUUAAACGAAGUCAUGCAAUUGAUCAAGAUGAACUUGGUAAGAGAUUACUGGUCAUCCAUCUACUUCAUCAAGUUCAAAGAAGAAGAAAGCUGCCACGAGGCAAUGCAUAAGGAAGGAUACAGUUUUUCAUCUCCAAGACUGAGUUCAGUUCAAGGCUCUGAUGAUCCUUUCUAUCAAGAACAUAUGUCAAAGAGUUCCAGAUGCAGUAGUCCCGGUUAAGGAGUCUAAAACUGGUACUAGACCAGAACCCAAACCAAUGUUCAUAGCAAUCCAAUCCAUGUAAUCUUCCUUCACAUUUCUUGUACAUGUCAUUUUCUCUCUUGUUAUACCUAACUGUAAGAGAAAAUGUCCGGUUCGGAUUUUGGUUUAGUUUUAAAUGUGUAUACCGGACAAAAACUAUGGAACCAUACUAAUUAAUAUCUCGAAGAAUUUAUACGU